AUGAACAUGAACAAGCCGAAUUUCCGUCAGAGUGAGUUCGUUAUAGUGCUGAUCCUGGCGAGCCUGUGGGAGGACUGCCUUUGCGUCACAGGGAUCUCGAGCCGUCGUCCGCUUGACCAGGAUCUCGUCAACAACAUCUCAUCUCUCAACCUCAGCAUCACAGACCUCGGCAAACUAUGUGGUCGCGUGGGCGUGGAUGGGCGUGGGUGGCGGAUGUGUACCCGGUCCCCUGAGGUCGCGGGCGUGAUGCUGGAGGCCGCGUGGGUGAGCGUCGUCCACUGCCAGCGCGUCAUGCAGUACGAGCGCUGGAACUGCUCCCUCGGCCAUUCCCGCAUCAUGAUGGUCAAGAAAGUGUACCGGGAGACGGCGUUGCUUCAGGGCCUGUCGGCGGCCGCCCUCACGCACGUGGUGGCGAGGGCGUGCGCCUCAGGCCGCCUCACACGCUGCUCCUGUGACGAGUCGACCGUGACCCGGACGGAGAACAUGCGGGUGUGGCGCUGGGGCGGCUGCGGGGACAACCUAGCCUACGGCACCAGGUUCGCUCGCCGUUUGUUUGUGGGAAGGACUAAGAAAAGGAAGAAGACAAAGAACGGGAAAUCGUCACGGCGCGGCAGAGACUUCAAGUCCCGGAUCGACGCGCACAACGCUUUUGCGGGGAUGAAGGUGGUCCAAGAAGCAACAAAUAGUGCCUGCAAGUGCCACGGCGUGUCUGGCUCCUGUGCCAUGAAGACGUGCUGGCCUCAGCUGCCCUCCUUCACCCACUCCGCCCGCGCCGUCAAGGCCCUCUACGAUAAUGCCGUUUUGGCCGACGCCAUCAAUGAGGUCACCGGGAAGAGGAAGCGGAAGGGCAACCGAUCACGACGAGAGAUCGUCCGAAGCUUUAUCGGAAACGAAUCCCUUUCCGAGAUCGAAGCCGCGCGCCCUCUGCUGACGUCCGCCCUCCAGCCCGCCGAUCCCGCCGUCGCCCCCGCCCCCGCCCCCACCCCCGCCCCCGCCCCCGCCCUCGCCCCCGUGCCUCGAAGACAGAAGCGCGGAGAGCCGACCCGAAGCCAAGCCAAGCCACGUCGCGAAUCCGCAGGCCGCAGACGCAAUCGGGACGACGCCAAGCCUCGCAAAAUGCGCAAACCGAAGCGUACGAAAUCCGCCUUCGGGGACCCGCGAAAAUUCGUGUACCUCGACGACUCGCCGAACUUCUGCCGCAGGACAAAGUACGGGCCGGGAACGCAGGGGCGGGAGUGCCAGCUGGGGUGGAACUGCGAGAGCCUCUGCUGCGGCCGAGGCUACGACACCAUCAACCGGCUCGUGGAGGAGCAGUGCAAGUGCAAGGUGGUGCUGCGUUACCGCGUGCAGUGCCACACCUGUUCGAAGAUGACGGAUAUUUACACGUGCAAAUAGGAGAACAGAAAGAACAAGAGAAGACGUGCACUUCCAAAGCGGGGAAGUGAAAGAACCGAAGAUGACGAAUAUAUGGGACCAAAGUCGUUGAUCUAGCGCCUGUGUUUACAAAAAGAAUGACAUUUGACCAAAAACGUUUUGUAUGAAUGAACACUGUUCGAUCUCUAGUAUUUUUAAGGAUAAUGACUAAUGUUUAUUAAUAUUGAUCAUAAUAAAAUUAGAUAAUAAUGUAGUUAUCAGGAUAUGUGCGUAAAUAUGAAGGCAGAUAAGUAAGAAUGCUAACAAAAAUAUUUGACCGAAGGAAAGGUGAUCAAAGAGGAAACUUACUUUCCUUAUAUUCUUACUAUAUCUAUCGCUUCUUUAUUUGUUUUCUGUAACAUACGAGGGACAGAUCUGUUACCAGUGCGACUUGUAACCACAUAAACACAGACGGAACUAUGCUUAUCUCACUAUUGACGAGUUUUUGCUAAUGUCUUUAUCAAACGUAUUGUAAUGCCAUUAUGGAAACAUUCUAAGCACAUAAAGUAGG